AUGCUCACAGCACGGAAAGUUCCUAGAGCAUGCCAGUCAUGUAGAUCUCAACUCCUUUCUCUCUUCGAACAUGGAUUCACAAGACCUACUGCUUCAACCGCUUCUUCACAUUCACGAUAUCGCGACCUCCGCCAUCGAUCAAUUCAGCCUCGUACUAAUGCCCUGCGAUUAUUCUCCACGACCCUUACUCGAUCGGACGAAUCUCCCACUAGUAAAUCUCCGACAGAGUCUGAGAAAGAAGCAGCGGCGGCAGCAGCAGCGGAAAUUGAGUCGGUGGUAAGACAAGCUAGGCAAACAUUUGGUGAAACCUUGCCAAAGGAUUAUCUAUCUGUCCAGGAGUAUCAACUAUAUGAGAGAUUGUAUGGCCCACCACUACGGGAAACCAGACCGGAAGAUUUAGAAUAUCUGCAGGUUGAGGAGGAGGAUAUUGGAGAGGAUGGGCCAUCUAGGAAUAUUCUUUUGAGGGAGAACGCUGAUGGCGAAUUCGAAGAGGUUGAAUUCGAUCCAGAACUGGGAUUUAAAGUGGUGGAAGAUGGCAGUGAUGGAUUUGCUUCUGCUAGCGAGGGUGAAGAAUUAGAAUUCGAGGAGGAGAGUGAGCCUGAUAUGGAAUUGGAGGCUGAAGAAUUCAUCGACGCAGAGACUCCCGCGGGACCAGAUACUACUAAUUUAACAUUUCAAGGUCAAAAUCAAAGAGAGGUGGAUGCUAUUGCACGGCUACAACGCGAUAUGGACGAGGCGAUGGCACGAGCGGCAGAGCAAGAGGAUACUGUUUUUGACGAGGACUAUGAGGAGGAAGAGUCGUCGGAGGAAUCCGAAGAAGAAUUGUUCGAAGACGAAGAGAUUUUUGACGAAGAAGAUCACGAUUCAUAUACGAGCUCGGAUGAAAUUCGUACACAUCCACAUACUAGAACCUCCAGAUUUGGCACAUCCCCAAGAAAGCUUAAGCUUUUGCCACAAAAACAUGUUGGACUUGAUGCUUCGCAACAUAGAAUGAGCGAAAUUGAAGCAGAUGCAUAUUUGGCAGGGGUGAUGUCCGGUACUUAUACCUCUGUCAUGAGUACCUUGGUCGAAGUACGGAAACGACUCGGACCUGAAUGGAUCCGUGAAAUGUUAUUCAGGGAGGGCGGCCAAGGUCCACGAAUUCUUGACGCGGGAGCUGGUGGAGCUGGUGUAAUAGCAUGGAAAGAGAUUUUGCGAGCUGAAUGGGAUGUGUUAAAGGACGAUGGUAUUGUUGAGGGUGAUGAACCACCUUCUGGUAAGCACACUGUUCUCACCGGAGCAGAUUCAUUGAGACAUCGUAUUUCACGACUCCUCGACAAUACCACCUUUCUUCCCAGACUUCCUGAUUAUGUUCAUUCAUCUAGUGGCGAGGCCCAACUUGAUGGUGGACCUGCACAACCUAGGAAAGUAUAUGACUUGAUUAUUGCCCCGCACACUUUGUUUCCAUUGAAGGAAGAUUAUCGCCGAAAGCACAUGGUCCAGAACCUCUGGUCAAUGCUUGAUCCCAAAGGAGGCGUACUUAUUCUGAUAGAAAAAGGUUUACCCCGUGGGUUCGAGGCUAUAGCAGGGGCUCGCUCUCUUUUACUUGAUUCACAUAUCUCUUCCCCUGGCGAAGAAGUUGUCGAAAAGGAGCUCCAGUCCCUUUCUGAUACUGAAGCACGGUUCGUGGAGAAAGAGGAGGGUAUGAUCAUUGCACCAUGUACUAAUCACACAAAAUGCCCGAUGUAUCCAGUUCCAGGUCUUACCCCUGGUAGAAAGGAUUUCUGUCAUUUUGAACAGCGAUAUCUCCGCCCACCUUAUCUACAAAAGAUCUUGGGUGCUUCUUCUCGCAAUCACGAGGACGUUAGAUAUAGUUACCUCGCAGUGCGAAGAGGUAUUGACGGUAGGAAAGAAGAAGCUAUUCUUCAAGGAGAUGCUGCAACCGACCAAUCUUUUGCUGGCUAUGAGGAGCACGAUUUAUCUGAUAGUCCGGAUAUACCUGCAGAAGGGGAUGUACCGUUCCAUCCAUUGUCGCUUCCACGAUCUAUGCUCCCACCCCUCAAACGACGUGGUCAUGUCACCUUGGAUGUUUGCACACCAUCAGGCAAGCUGGAACGGUGGACUGUGCCUAAGAGUUUUAGUAAGGUAGCGUACCGUGAUGCUAGAAAAUCUAAAUGGGGAGAUCUUUGGGCACUUGGUGCCAAAACACGGGUCCUCAGAGAGCCUAGACUAGGAAGGGGAGGAGCGGGUGCUGUAAAUAGUAAGGGAUCCAAACCCGGAAAGGUUCUCAGCAAGUCGGCUGCCAAGAAGAAGAAGAACAAGUUCAAUAUUAUCAUGGGCCGCGAUGGUAUGGAAGGUCUCGAGGAAAGCAGAGAUUCCAAGCGAAUCUUCAAGCCCGAGAAAAGAACUAAAGGUGGACGAUUUGUCAAGCCGAAAAAACCCAUUACUGAGGAUGACAUAUGA